AUGGAUUCCGAAGCCUUAUUAGCUAGAGAAAAUGAAUUUAAAAAACUCAACAAACAAUUGGAAAAGAAAACAGAAUUAUUAAUGAAGCAAAUUGAACAGGUUAUGCAAAAGCAAGAUAUAUUUUCUGAAUUUUCCGGCAGUCUGUCGAAACCAAAAGAUAGACACACAAAAACGCACUGUUGUGACAUACCAGAAGUCACUACACCAGAGAAAUUUGAAGCACCCAAAAAAGUUAAUAAAAAGCAAAUCGGUAACACAAAGCAAAGUGAUUAUUCUGAAACACCAGUUAAGAAUCCAAUUGAAACAAAUGCAAAUUUAAAAUGUGCCACAAAUGUUUGUGAAUGGUGUAAUUUAAGUUCUAAGGUCAAGAGAAACAAUGAUUUAGACUUUUUGUAUGCUUUUGUGUCCGUUAACGUUAAGGAGAAUGUAUUACCACAGUCUUUUUUAAAAGACCAAAUAACGGUGGAGAAUGUUUGUAAAUUCCUCUCAGCCAAGGUCAAACUGAUGCAGGAACAAAUAGACCAACUUCAGGUCACUAUUAACAAAAUGAGCAAACAAUGCGAUAGUCACAUGAACCAACUGGCUGGGCUGGAGAGUGAGAGGAUGUCUUUGAUAAACAAAGCAAAUAAUUUGCGUUCAGAAUCUGUAGAUGUUAAGGCAAAAUAUGCUGCCCUGACAAAUAGAUACAAUGAAAAAGACCGCCUUCACAGGGAACAGCGUAGUUCAGCGGACAGACUGAGCACGGAGAUUAAAAGUCUGAGAUGCAGAAACGCGAAUUUAGAAGCCAGGUGCGCGGCACAAGAUGAAAGUUUGGCAGCUCUCAAACAACAAUUAGAAACAGCUAGACUAUCUGAAAAGGACUUUCGAGACGCCACACGCAACCUUUCCGCUUCCCACCAGAACGCCAUCUGUCGGCUAGAGGCGAAAGUGAAAUGCCUAUCUACCCGCAUAGAAAAACAAGAGGCUCUCAUAGACAACCUAAAGAAACAAAACGCGUUGCUCGCAACAGAGGGCGCUUUGAAAGCUUUGGAAAAGGAUUAUAAUGAAUUGUUGAAUUCAGACUUUCAGUAA